UCGCGCCUGCUGGCUGCGGGGCCUGCAGGGACGCGCCGCGUUCUCGGGCAAGGUCGGGCGCCCGACUUCUUUCGGGACCUGGUCGUUCUCCCCUUUGUGUCCAGACGUAGCGGGGGCUCUUGCUGGGCCCUGCUGGCCCGAGCGUGCACGCCACAACAUCCCGUCCGCGUUUCCGUGUCGCAUCCCCUAAUGCUCAGGAAAUGCUUCCGGAUGUCCAACUAAGAUUUGAAUAAGCGGCCUGACCCCGCUGCUGGGUGUCCUCCGAGGCUGCCCCUGGCUGACAGCUGUGGGCGAUAGAGACGCCUCCUGUGCCCUGCCGUCUCUUCCAUCGCCUCCUCCUGCGGUCAGCGCAGCAAGCCUCGGAGGGGCACUUCCUCCGUAGGUUUGAGGAUGGACAGGUGACUGCACUUUGUUCCUGGCUGAGUCUUCAUGGAGCCCGGCUUCUUGAAACAGGCUGUUCAGUUUCUUGGCCUCACCGCAAACUCCCUGAUUUCUACCAGGACUUAACACUCUGGCCUGUGAGGCGGGAGAUACAAAGGCUUCCAAAGAAGGACCAGUUCCUUGGAUGUGCCCCCUUACAGAGAGAUGAAGGGGCAGCAGAAAACAGCUGAAGCGGAAGAGGGGACAGUGCAGAUUCAGGAAGGAGCGGUGGCAACUGGGGAGGACCCCACCAGCGUGGCCAUUGCCAGCAUCCAGUCAGCUGCCACCUUCCCUGACCCCAACGUCAAGUACGUCUUCCGAACUGAGAAUGGGGGCCAGGUGAUGUACAGGGUGAUCCAGGUGUCUGAGGGGCAGCUGGAUGGCCAGACUGAGGGGACUGGCGCCAUCAGUGGCUAUCCUGCCACUCAGUCCAUGACCCAGGCGGUGAUCCAAGGUGCGUUCACCAGUGACGAUACGGUUGACGCUGAGGGGACAGCUGCUGAGACGCACUACACUUACUUCCCCAGCACUGCCGUGGGCGAUGGGGCCGCGGGUACCACCUCGGGGAGCGCGGCCGCGGUUGUCACGACGCAGGGCUCAGAGGCACUGCUGGGGCAGGCGACCCCUCCCGGCACCGGCCAAUUCUUUGUGAUGAUGUCGCCACAAGAAGUGUUGCAGGGAGGAAGCCAGCGCUCCAUUGCCCCAAGGACUCACCCUUAUUCCCCGAAGUCAGAAGCUCCGCGGACCACUCGGGAUGAGAAACGCAGGGCUCAGCAUAAUGAAGUCGAACGCCGCCGCCGAGACAAGAUCAACAAUUGGAUUGUGCAGCUGUCCAAGAUCAUCCCAGACUGUUCCAUGGAGAGCACCAAGUCUGGCCAGAGUAAAGGUGGGAUUCUCUCCAAAGCCUGUGAUUAUAUCCAGGAGCUUCGACAGAGUAACCACCGGUUGUCUGAGGAACUGCAAGGGCUUGACCAGCUGCAGCUGGACAAUGAUGUGCUUCGACAGCAGAGCGGGCCUCAUCCUCUUCCCCUCACUAGUGGAUGCCUGAAGAAGGUCAGAAAAGUGCCAACUUUUCGACUUACUCUCCUCAUCGCCUCCUUUCCGCGUCAGGUGGAAGAUCUCAAAAACAAGAACCUGCUGCUUCGAGCUCAGUUGCGGCACCACGGAGUAGAGGUCGUCAUUAAGAACGACAGCAACUAACUCUGGGGACUCCGGGGCUUUGGGCCCUACAGCCCCUUUCUGAGAACUACACAUAGCCCAGGAGCAGCAGGCCAACCCCGUGCCCCUUUCCUUCACUGCCCACUUCUGGCGUGGGACCAGGGGGAGUCAGAAGGCGUGGCUUUGAACUGAGGCCCUGUGAUCCAGCAGCCUGCAGUGGUGUGAAACACACGCGUGGGCGGGCGCGGACAGCCUUGCCCAGCCGCGCGCCAUGCAGCCCCUGGGCCCUCGUGCCCCUCUUGCGCAUGCAUGUGCUGUCUCCAUGCUGGAUACUGGACACACAGAACCGGGGGUGGGGGGAGCUUGCCCCGUGCUCGCUUAGAGCGCCAGCAGAGGGUCCGCUAACGAGUGAUGCUCUGGCCUGCCCCAGGACUCUGGCGCUCUCUUCCACUGGUUCUUCCUCGCCCUGGAGCUCAGAUGUGCACCUGAGGACUCUGGGGAACAGGCUUUAGCAAGAAGUGGGGAAAAGGAUGCUUAGCAGCGGCCGCUGCCCCCGGGAAGAGGAGAUUGGCCGGCAAGCAUCUAAGGCCUAUGCAGAAGUCUCUGGAGCGGGGGAGAACAACAGACAGGGGCCCACUUGGGGCCUUCCCCCUUGUGGGGACGGUUUUUCUUUUACUUUCUUUUCUUUUUUUUUUUUUUUUUUUUUUUAAAGAUAAAAUGUUCAGAGCCACA